AGUAACUUUCCUUCCUCUUUUUCAGGAGAUUUUCAAUUUUCGGUGAAGUCAGUCGAACGUGUUUUCUACCAAACGACAUGAGAAACAAUGAAUAGAAAACAAAGUAAAUUGACAAGUUUGUGGGCAGAUGACGGGGACGAUGAUGACUGUAUUAUCUUGGAUCCUCUCCCUGUAACUUGUUCUUCAACCAGGAAGACAGAUAAGCCAGUUAUGAAAGUGUCAAGUACCAAAAAAGCCAGUCAGUGGGUGUCCUCGGCAUUUGAUGGCUUUGACGACAUUACUAGUGCGAAAUCCAAGCCACCGAGACAGCCCAGCUUUUCCAAAACUGAAAAAACAUCAAGUCUGAAGAGGCCUCACCAUGCUAUGUCUAACGGACAUGAAGGGUUUUCUGCACAGAAAAUAGUCACACGUAGAGCUAAUUCUUCACCAGACAUAGCUUUGUGGUCAGAAAAAUAUGCACCAGGGAAUCAGGGAGAUCUGGCAGUCCACAAGAAGAAAAUAGCUGAUGUUGAACAGUGGAUUAAGGGACACUUAGAAAGAAAAAAGCUUCCACCAAUAUUGUUACUGACUGGUCCAGCUGGUGUGGGAAAAACUGCUACAGUUAAAGUGCUUGCAAAAGAACUGAGAUGUGAACUGCAUGAAUGGUCCAAUCCUCUAGCUGAAGACUAUAGUGAAGGCUUCUUGGCAGAAAAUGAUUGGAGAUCUAGAUCUCGUGUUGAAGCAGGGAUCUCGGGAUCCCAAAAGUCACAGUUUCAGGAAUUUCUUCUGAGAGCGAACAAGUAUAACACACUGGAUAUAUUUGGUGGAGGAAUAAUGACUAGGAGAAUUAUCCUUGUAGAAGACUUCCCCAAUAUUUUCUACAGAGAUGCUACCCCAUUCCAUGACAUUCUCAGGAGGUAUGUGCAGGUUGGAGGAAGCCCAUUGAUAUUUAUAGUCAGUGACAGUACAAGUGGUGAAUCCAAUGAGAGAUUACUCUUUCCGAAGGAAUUACAAGCCCAGCUGAAUAUAGAAAAUAUCAGCUUCAAUCCUGUUGCUAUGACGAGCAUGACCAAGAUUCUGACCAAGGUUGCAACAGAGGAAUCAUUGAAGGGAAGUCAUAAAUUUACUGUGCCAUCAAAGUCUGUGAUAGAAUCUAUAGCCAUGGCGAGUGCUGGAGAUGUACGAGGGGCAAUCAAUGCACUCCAGUUUGCUUGUCUUAAAGAUACUGAUGAUAUAGCAGCAACAAGUUACUCUAAAAGUAAAACAAGAAUGUCAAAGAAAUCGUCUACUGCGGGAAAGAAAAGUUCUUUCUCCAAGAAAGGUUUGAGCAAAUCCAGUAGCAUUCAGAAAGAUGAGGAUUUGAUGUCCAUAGGAGGUCGGGAUACAUCAUUGUUCUUGUUCAGAGCUCUUGGCAAAAUAUUGUACUGUAAAAGAGAUGAGCCUUCAAAGGACGAUGAAAAUGCAGCAGUAUUACCUACACAUCUGUCUCAGUAUUAUAGGAAUCCGUUACAAGUAAACCCAGAGGAUGUAGUGGAGAAGUCACAUCUGUCCGGAGACUUCUUUGGUGCUUACCUACAUCAGAACUAUGUGGAAUUUUUCUCCAGUAUUGAGGAUGUAGUGUCGGCCAGUGAAUAUCUCAGUGAUGCUGACUACCUUACCAUAGACUGGGCUUCCAGGUCAGCACUGCAACACUAUGCAGCCUCAGUUGCUACCCGUGGUAUAAUGUUCUCCAACAGUAGCAGAGCCAGACAUACAGACAGUGGGGGAGGUGGUCUGGGCUGGAAACCCUUACAUAAACCACAGUGGUAUACAGCCUCUAAACAAGCCCGACAGAAUUCAGAUAGUGCUAGAUUUCUGUUUCGUGGGCACAGAGCACCUCCAGUUGUGUUACAGACAGAGUUGAUACCAUAUAUCUCACUUAUAAAUACAACACUUCAUGACACAGGUCAGAUAUCAUUUAUUCAAGAAAUAUGCAGAUUUUCUAGUCAUAAAAUUGGCAGGUACGAAAAACUUGAUGAGAAAGAUAUAGAUAUAGAAGAUGAUGAUGCCUCAACAUCAGCCAAUCAGAAGACAGUACAAUCUGUGUUGCCUGGAGACACUGAUGAUGUCAUCAGCAGCAGCCAGUCAAAUGUGAAUUCUACACAGGAAGAGGAGGAAGAAUACACUAUAGAUGAUUAUGAUGACUGAAGUGCUGCUGAAAUUAUAUGGUGUGGUAGUUUCCAUGUAAAAAAUGUUACUACAAUUGAAAAAUCCAUCUUUUAUCUCAUAUUUCAUUAUUUCUGUUUAAACUAUGAAAAAACAAUGUCAAAAAGUUUGGCAGAAACACCUGAUAGAAAAAAAAAACAACAUUUUGAAUAGGUUGUGAGACUUGUUAAAGUUUGUUAUAACUAAUUUGCUGUGGUUUUAAAGGAAGUGACCUGUACUGCUGAAAAAAGUUCAAUUCUGUUAAAUAUUUUUCUGUUACUUAAACUGUACCUGAUUGUGUAAAGAAUAUCAGUGUUAUUAUUUCUGUUGCUGUGAUAUUCUUUUUUCCCUUCAGUUUACACUAUUUGCUAUGCAAGAAUGAAAUAGAAUCUCUACUGAAACAAUGUGAUAAUGUUAAAUUGAAAGUGUCAUUAAAAUUGUUCUAUA